CAAUAAAGAAUUGAAUUGAAUUGAAUCUCAUAGAACUUUACAGAAGUUAUUUCCCUUGUUUAUCACGAUGUUUUUCAACCAAACGUGUCGGUUGGAAAGGAAAUCAGAUCAUGCUCCAAUCAAGGAUAUGCUUAUUGAGAUCAGGCUCCGGGGUCAUGAAAUUAUCUUAAAAUUAAGUCAAAAGGUGAGCUAAAUACCACAAUUUGUGAUAAUUCAAUCCGACGGCAUCAUUUAACAAAACGAUCACGACGGUGUACUAAUCAUGGCUGAAAUCCAAACCCAGGAUAACAGCCAUCUUGAGAAAAAGAAAAAAACGACGACGAUACAGUGUGAUGAUGAUGUAGUCGAACACGUGACCUUAUUGCGUCAUCCCAAAACACAAAAAAGUUUAGACAGCUUGACAGAAACAGAACAUGAUGACUGCAAAUCUAGUUGUAUAAGUAAUUGUAACUGCACGUAUGCGACCAUUUUACAGUAUUUAUUAUCUCUCUUUCCGAUAGUGGAUGUUAUACGUCAUUAUGAUGUCAAAAAAUAUCUUCUCAAAGAUGCAGUCAGUGGAUUGUCAGCUGCCUGUCUUCAUUUUCCCCAAGGCAUGGCGUUCGGCAUACUCUCUUCACUCGCACCAAAAUAUGGACUAUUCACGUCGUUGUAUCCUGUUAUUUUGUACAUGAUUUUUGGAACAUGUCCAUAUGUAUCAUUUGGAACCAAUGCAGUUAUCGCUUUAUUCACGGCAAAUCUCUUAGAAAGUCACGUGACUGCGCCACCUUUUAGUUGGGAGAGUUCAAAUAGUUCACACGGUAACGUUACAUUACCUCCGGAAGAUUUUCUGCAGACGAAGGCAGCAGUAGCGGCCGGUUCCUCGUUUAUUGUGGGAGUCUUCCUCCUUGUAUGGGGGUUGCUAAGAUUUGGUUUUAUAGCAUCAUACAUGUCCUCCCCAUUCGUGGGAUCCUUCACGACCACCGCUGCCAUUCACAUUAUCACCAGCCAACUUCCAAACUGCCUGGGAGUUCGGAUACCAUCGGUCACUGGCCCUGGAAAACUUGUGAUUACAUAUAUAGAAAUCUUCAAAAACAUCACCAACGCAAAUGCUGGUGCUAUUGUCACAUCCAUUAUUUGCAUCGCUGUUCUGAUAUUAGUUAAGGACUUCAUAAAUGAAAAAUUUAAAUCAAAAUUGUACAUGCCGAUUCCAAUAGAUCUUAUAUUAGUGAUAUGUGGAACCGUUGUUUCCUACUUUGGAAAUUUGAAGUCCAAGUUUGAUGUACCAGUUGUUGGUAGUAUUACGCCUGGAAUUCCGCCACCUGCUCUUCCAGAACUACGGUCGGGUAUAAUUGGAGAGUCUAUCGUGAUCGCCAUUAUAGUGUUCGUUUUGACGAUUUCCAUGGCCAAAGUUUGCGAGACCAAGAACACUAUCAACGUUGACCAGGAAUUGGUGGCGUAUGGAAUGGCGAAUCUCGGUGGUUCCUUUUUCCUGUGCUUUCCCUCAUGUGUGGCACCCCCUCGUACAAUUCUACUGAACACAAUGGGGGCCAAAACUACGCUCAAUGGACUCUUCUCCGCUGUUGUCAUUCUGCUUGUUAUAUUGUUCCUCGGAGAGUACUUUCAGUUCUUACCAUUAUCCAUUCUGUCUGUGUCCAUCAUCAUGGCAAUUAAGAACCUCCUUCUACAGUUUCGACAAUUACCUAGAUUGUGGAAAAUAAACAAAUACGAUUUCACAGUUUGGGUGGCUACACUUCUCUCUGGCGUUUUUAUUGACUUCCCGUACGCUCUGUAUUGUGGAGUUGGACUGAGUGUUUUACUGAUCGUUUUUCAAAGUCGGAAAGGGAAAGUUAUGUUGUUUGGAAAACUGAAAAACGAAGACUUGUAUGUCAAAGAAUGCGAGCACACAGUUUUACCCUCAAAUGUCAAGAUUUUCAAAAUGGAAUCGUCUCUUUUCUUUGCUACGGCAGAGACUUUCCGAGAACAUUUGUAUAAAUUAGUUGGGGAUCCAAGAGGAAUAAGCAAGUACUCAGAGGACGUAACUAUUUCUGUCAACGGGACAGCUUCCAUUGACGACAAGCAAGCGAAACCAGAAAAAGAAGAUAAUCUAGUAACAAAAUAUGUUAUCAUUGAUUGUUCGUCGUUUAAUUAUGUGGAUAGUAAUGGUAUUUCCACCAUGUCGCUGAUUGUCAAAGAAUACCGAUGUAUUGGCGUCAAGGUCCUCUUAGUCAGAUGUACCGCUAGCUUUCUGGCGGUAAUGAUAAGAUCAGAGCUGAUGGAGACGGUUGGGGAAGAAUGCAUUUUUCCAGAUAUCAUAGACGCAAUUAAUCUUGCUGUUUCUGAUGAAUGAUUUUAUACAUAUUUGUGUGCUUGUGAAUUUCAUUCGGGUUUAUACGUGUAAAAUGCCAUUCAUGACGUACAGUAUCAUCUUUGUUUCACGAAUCAAUGAAUCAAAUCUUGUAGUCCAUUGUAUUCUUAUAGUUUAUAAACAAGACACGAAAAA